GUCCGCAGUUCCUGAUAGCCUGAUUCAUCAUUAUCAAGCCUGAUAUUACACACAAUGUGGGAGAUGUUUUUGAGGUGAGGCACAGCUUACAGCAUGUACUAGUUUUUUUUUAGGUCCACACCAUGACGCACAAAGCGAGGAGAGCCUGAUGCAAGAGGUGAGUGCUAAUCCGGAAAGAUGAGAGUGGGAGUACAGAGACUUACCCGCUAAGCACGUACAAGGAAGAGUAUAGUACAGAAAGGCACUACGAAGUAGAAGUACGAAGAGUACAGAAGAGAUCUAAGCAGAUGCGAUAGGCACAACUAACUUCUGUGCGGCCGCCACAGGUGGCGCAUUGUCUCCUGUAGCCGCGUAGAGCACUCAGAUUGGAGAACAACCAGCAAUAUGAGAGAUCAGUAAAUGCGUGAAGUAUUACAAGGAACAAAAUGGCUGGGUUGCGAGAUUACAGUCGGAGGUUAUUAGUGUUUCUCAUCCAGUAUCGGCAGAAUACAGUCGAACGCUUGCUGAUAUUUUUCCGUGCCGGCCGUUCCGCAUAUAUCUUCAUCUCAGGAACGUGCCUACUCGUUUUGGCUUUCUUCCUUUAUGGCGCUAAGAAAGCUUUGUUCAUCUCUCGUUCAAUGCGUAACUGUAUAGCGGCGGACGUAGAAGAUUGAACAAGGUAGAAGACAUAUCAAGAAUAUCUCUUAUUUCUGUGAAGUGCCUCUCACUCUCUGUUCUUUCUCGUUUCAUCUUCUGCUGCUCGCUGUCACCGAGAGUAAAGAAGCGCAGGCAGCUCCACCUGGCUGGGAAUCGUUCGUUGCGGCUACAGGAACGAACCAGUGGGUCUCCUGUUCUUUUUUGCUUUCCGCAGGUUGUAUCACUAUGGCGCUGAACUACUUGCCAAGACUCGAGGGUGAAGGGUGA